AUGGCACAGAUUUCGUCCCCCACGAUGUGCUGCUCGAUGGAACCUUUCCCGUAUUACCCGGUUGACAACUCGUUCUUGUCGCUGCUGGCUAGCGCAGCCCCCCUCGAUCCUUUUGAACAACAAAUCUGCGAUCUCCUGUUGUCCGACAGCAUGGCUCCUCAGCCGUGGGCGAGUCCUCUCUCCAAAGCUGCUUCCGAGGCGUCCUUUGCCACAGACAACGAAAGUGUGGAUGAAGCAACAACUCCCAUCCGAUUGACUCGACAUCGCGCCGUCUUAUGCGUGCUGCCAGGAUGCUCCCGCCGAGCACGCCACCGGGAGUUCUGCAACGCCCACAGGAGCUAUCAAGUGUGCAGAGUGUCCAACUGCUCCAACGAUGCCCAGGACAGCGACUACUGCCUAUCCCACGGCGGGGGCAAAUGCUGUCGCGUCAAGGGGUGCUCAAACGCUGCUCAAUCCCAAGGUCUGUGCAAAGCGCAUGGAGGCGGCGCCCGGUGCAAGUUUAUCGGAUGCGAAAAGAGCAGCCAAGGCGGCGGUCUGUGCCGAGCUCAUGGCGGCGGUAAGCGGUGCAGUGAAAUGGGAUGCAACAAGGGGGUGCAGAGAGGCAACAAGUGCGCCACUCAUGGAGGCUGUCGAACGUGCACGGUCGGCGGGUGCAAACGAUCCGACCGCGGCGGAGGCUAUUGCGACAUCCACCGCAAGGAACGUGAAUGCCACGUCGACGGGUGCAAGCGACUCAGCCAUACGCUGGGGAUGUGCAAGCCCCACCUCCGCAUGGUGCGCCACCGCAACGAGUAG